AUGGAGGAGUGCAUGAGAAAGCUAGCUUUAUGGCACACUCGAACAUUCAAUCCCAUUAUGACUCACGAAGAGCUUGAACCCCUCAUGACUACCAUGGGCUUCGUGGGGCUCCCUCCAUCUUCCUCUUCGUCUUGGAAGGAGUACGCUUACAUGGCUAAGCCGUCUAAAUAUUACAAAUACUGCUACGAUCACUCGGAGGAGCAGUCGCCAGUGCCACCGCGACCCAAGCUGCCUUACCCUAAGAUAGAUGGCCUCCACCUAUAUACUUACCAAGCUUUCAUCGACUCCGUUAACCUCUACCUCGAGAUGUCUGACAUCUCCGAUCUCUUCCACGUCAGGGGAAUGCCGCUUUCUCGAAAUGUGGAUAGAGAUUGGAAGUGGCGUCGAAUGGAAGAAGAGGAGACUGUGUUUGUUUAUAGAGAAGGGACUCUAGAUCAAACGACUUACCAUCUCUAUCAUUUGAAGAAGCCAAGCAGUGGCAAUGGCGAUGAUUCUGUGCUCAUUCGUGACAAGGGCAAAAAUGCUCCCAUUACAUGCAUCGUCCCUUUGAAAGACAUUAUAGUUGUAUGA